GGCGACGCCUGGGAAGAUGGCUGCGACGUCUUCAUCGGAUUCCGACAGCGGGCGAGCUGAGAGCAACGAAGCCAAUUCUAAAUGGCUGGACGCACACUACGACCCCAUGGCCAACAUCCACACUUUCUCCUCCUGCCUGGCACUGGCAGAUUUGCAUGGCGACGGGGAGUACAAGCUGGUGGUGGGAGACCUUGGCCCGGGUGCGGGUGGGCAGCAGCCCCGCCUGAAGGUGCUCAAGGGACCCACAGUGCUGACAGAAAGCCCCCUGCCUGCCCUGCCGGCCUCGGCUGCCACCUUCCUCAUGGACCAGCACGAGCCCAGGACACCUGCCCUAGCACUCGCUUCGGGACCUUGUGUCUAUGUUUAUAAGAACCUUAGACCCUACUUCAAGUUCAGCCUGCCCCAGUUACCUCCAAACCCUUUGGAACAAGACCUUUGGAACCAAGCCAAAGAGGACCGGAUUGACCCCUUAACCCUGAAGGAGAUGCUGGAGGACAUCAGGGAGAAGGCAGAGGUGCCUUUGUCUGUGCAGUCACUUAGGUUUCUGCAGCUGGAGCUGAGUGAAAUGGAGGCAUUUGUGAACCAGCACAAGUCCAAGGUUAUCAAGCGUCAGACAGUCAUCACCACCAUGACCACCCUGAAGAAGAACCUGGCGGAUGAGGAUGCAGUGUCCUGUCUGGUGCUAGGCACAGAGAACAAGGAACUACUAGUGCUGGAUCCUGAGGCCUUCACCAUUUUGGCCAAGAUGAGCCUGCCCAGUGUCCCCGUCUUCCUGGAGGUUUCUGGCCAGUUUGAUGUGGAGUUCCGGUUGACUGCUGCCUGCCGAAAUGGAAGCAUCUAUAUCCUGAGAAGAGACUCCAAACACCCCAAGUACUGCAUCGAGUUGAGUGCCCAGCCUGUGGGGCUGGUCCGUGUACACAAGAUCCUGGUGGUGGGCAGCACCCAAGAGAGUCUGCAUGGCUUCACCCACAAGGGUAAGAAGCUGUGGACCGUGCAGAUGCCUGCAGCCAUCCUGACCAUGAACCUCCUGGAGCAGCGGUCCCGAGGCCUGCAAGCUGUCAUGGCUGCUCUGGCCAAUGGGGAAGUCCGAAUUUACCGAGACAAGGCCCUGCUUAAUGUCAUCCGUGCCCCUGAUGCCGUAACCAGCCUCUGCUUUGGCCGAUAUGGGCGAGAAGACAACACUCUCAUCAUGACUACUAGAGGUGGUGGCCUGAUCAUCAAGAUCCUGAAGCGCACAGCAGUGUUUGUGGAGGGCACCGGUGAGGCGGGCCCACCGCUGGCACAGACGACAAAACUCAAUGUGCCCCGAAAGACCCGGCUGUACGUGGAUCAGACCCUGCGGGAGCGGGAAGCUGGCACAGCCAUGCACCGGACCUUCCAGACUGACCUCUACCUGCUGCGACUGCGAGCUGCCAGAGCCUAUGUUCAGGCCCUGGAGUCCAGCCUGAGCCCCAUGUCAACCACAGCUCGGGAGCCACUCAAGCUGCAUGCUGUGGUUCAAGGCCUGGGCCCUACCUUUAAGCUCACACUUCACCUGCAGAAUACCUCAACGGCUCGGCCAGUACUGGGGUUGCAGGUCUGCUUCCUGUACAAUGAGGCGCUCUAUGCCCUGCCUCGGGCUUUCUUUAAGGUUCCCUUGCUGGUACCAGGACUCAGUUACCCACUGGAGACCUUUGUGGAGAGUCUCAGUAGCAAGGGCAUCUCAGACAUGAUCAAGGUGCUGGUGCUUCGGGAAGGCCAUAGUGCUCCCCUGCUGAGCGCCCACAUCAACAUGCCUGUGAGUGAGGGGCUAGCAGCUGCCUGAGCCCUGGGCCGGCAUUCAAACCUUCACAGAAUGGAGCCAGUCAGAUCCAGUGACUUCCAAUGUCGCCAGACUACUUCCCCCAGCAGCAGCGUAGUGAGCCAUCAGCUCCCUGUUCCUCUCUGAAACAGUCCCUUGCUGCCCACCUCUGCCAGAGGCCUGAGCAACAGGACACGGAGUGCUCAGAAUCAGCCCCUCCUCCCCCGGAACCCACCCAAGCACUGUCCCCCAUUCCUGCAGUCUGCCACUCUCCCCAGGUCCCAGGAGGUGGUCAGGGUGAGCAUAGCCCCAGUCCGUCCUUCCUUCCUCUCUUCCUUCCUCCCUCCCUCCUUCCUUCCCUCCUUCCUUCUCCCCUUCCUUCCCUCCUUCCUUCCCUCCUUCCUUCCCUCCUUCCUUCCCUCCUUCCUUCCCUCCUUCCUUCCCUCCUUCCUUCCUUCCUUCCUUUCUCUGUUCCUUCCUCUCUCCCUCCCUUCCACUCACCUAUUUCCUAUCAAGACCGCAGUUGAUCAAGGGCUUGAGAUUUCGGCUGGUACUGAUCCUCUGUUGCCCUUUGAAGUUGUAGGGGUGGGGAUGCUGCCAGCUUAGUUUACAGGCACAUGUGCUAAGCUUUCUCAGCUGAAGAGGGGCUCCACUUUCUACCCUGAGGCCCAGGGACAUGGGGCUCUGUCCUCAGGUCCUAGAUUAGCCACAGAGAGGAGCUGGUGCAAAUAGAAGGGACCCAUGUGAGGGGCUAGGUCCACACAGCAGCUGCUCAUCGUGGAUGCCCAUGUCCAGAGACAGUGUUCUGAAAUGGAAUGCCAAGCUAGAUAGCAGGGCUAGGGCUGGUGGCACUGGGAGAGGUGUUUCUGGGACCUGGGAAGUGACCCAAGAGGCAGCUGCCAACAAGUGCCUGUCAGAAUGUACUUAGGUCCAGGAGCCCAAGAUGGUCCCGAGGGUGGAAUAUUUACUGUGUAGUGGCCAGAAUAGGUCACUGAACAGGUACACACCAGGGCAUGGAAUGAGGCAGAAGACUAAAGGAAGAUGUGUUUAGAUGUCAAGUGUCAGGACCCCUGGCCCCCCUCAGAGACUGUGCUGAAUUGCUUGAGAAGCAGGAGCCCUGCUUCAUGGAGAGCAGCAUUCUCUCCAGUCUGAUCAGGUUCAGCCUGGCGUGUGGCACCCGCUCAGGCUUACAGGCCCCCACCACCUCUCCAGUACAGAAGUUUGCCUGGAUUCAUUCUAAGCCGUUGUCAGUUCUAGCACCAUUCAAGCUUGGCAGCUCCUCAGGAGGAAGGAAAGAAUUGGACCAAGAAGGCAUUACUUAACUGCACAGCUUCUGUCCACAAAACCACUGGCCACCACUGCCCAGUAACAGCCUCUGUGCCCACUCAGGGACCAGGGUGACACUGCCCACCUUGACCCUUCCAAAGAGACAGUGGGCCUGGACCCAAGAAACAGCCCAUCCUCCUCCUCAUACUGUCCCCUCAAGACAGGCACCUCCUGAGCAAGGGUAGCAAAGGGUUCUUUUCUUUGUGCACCAGUAGGGGGAGGAGGGGGGGGCAGAGCUGGACCAGGCGGGAGGUCUAACUGGAGAUGGGAAGAUUAGCCAGGGACAGAGGACGGAGUGUUGCUGUGAGUCAGAAGCCCCAGCCUAACCUGCAGCACCAAACAGGAAGGAAGGUCUACUCGAGGUGUUGAGCCCUUGUCACUGGUGUCAUGUGAGUGGGGCUGUGCUAUCAUGGGGCCAGGUUGUGUGUUGGGUCAUGGCACCCCAUUCCCUUUCACCCAAGUCAAGCUGUGAAAUCAGAACAAAAAUAUUUGAUGUGUGCUCUUUGCAUAGCUAUUCACGAUGGUACAAGGGGUGAGACGUGCCCAGGCCUACCAUGAAACACAGUGGCUUACUAUGCUUGCCCAGUAAGAAAUGUCUGCCAUGCACUUUAUGCACAUAAGAGAAUGUGAAGCAUAAACAGUGCAGAGUUCAGUACUCACGGCAGUGAGAGCUCUAGGAAAUUGUGGACCUUAAGGAUGAGAAGAGUCUCUUUUUUAACAUAAUACUUAUUUUGAAAAACACACCUAUGUAGUGAUCUGGAAGACUAUUUAAAGUAAAUGCCCUCUUCCCAUUCCACAGGACCAUUCCUGUACAACAUCCAUUUUCAUUAACUAUUUUAAAUGUGUAUAUAUAUAUAUAUAUAUAUAUAUAUAUAUAUAUAUAUAAUGAGAGAGAGAGGGGGGUUCUUUUAGAAUUAUGUGUAUGGGGGGGGGGAGGAGGGAUAUGUCUGUGAAUACAGGUGCCCAAGGAGGUCAGAAAAGGGCAUUUGGAUCCCUAGGAGCUGGAGUUACAGGUGGUUGUGAGCUACCCAGUAUCCGUCUUAGACGUUACCUGUUGACUCCCUGCUGUAGCAGAUGAGUGUUUGGUGCUCUUGAGACACCUCCCCUGCUCUCCGUGCUUUAGGUUAUCAGUACUUACUGUUGGCAUUGCUGUUUAUAUUGAUUUGUGAAAGUCUCAGUAAAGCUUAGAAAUAACUAUAACCAGUUUUGAACUCUUAGAUGUUUUAAUGAAUCGGCACUUGGUUUGACUUUAAUUUCUUUCAUUGCUUAGUUUUCUUAUGUACCAUUGAAAAUUCCCCCAUCCAAUCUCAGUUCUUUUCUUGGGACACUUCUUUCAUUCCUUGCUUCUGUAUAGACUCCUCUAUAAGAGAGUUCCUUUUCCUGUUAUCCCAGGGUUAGAGCCCCUGAUUCCUGGGUUCCGUGUCUUCUUUCUUAUUCUGCCCUGGGAUACCAGGGUGACUUCAUUGUAAAACCCACCAUUGUAAAACUGUGAUCCCCAGUUGUCAACCCGACUAUGUCUGGCCUGCACUACAAUCCAGAAAUGGAGGGCACACCUGUGAUCCAGAUCUUGAGGCCGGAAGACACAGGCUUCUGACCUGGAUUUUGAAGCACAGUGACCAUGGAAAGCUCAGGGCCAGGGAGGGUAACUCAUGCCUUUAAUCCCAGGAGACAGAGACAGACAGAUCUCUUAACAAGCCAGCCUGGGAAAGAACAAAUUCCAAGAACAUCUUAGGUCCAGGUGUGGUGGUACACAUCUUUGAUCGCAGCCAUUCUUUCUGCUGGAGGCCUACACAGCUAAGGACGAUGGAACAAGGAAGGCUUGCUGCUGCUUUGCCUGCUUGCACUUACUUGCCAGCACAUCUGGUGGAGCCGACUUCUUCAGGAUUCCAGCCUAUACAGAAGAGCAGCUGAGACACCAGCCUCGUGGGACUGAGCAACUACCAGACGCUUGGACUUCCCAUUAACAGCUGCCCGCUGUUGGGCUGGUUGGAUUGCCGCCUGUAAGUCAUUCCUGUAAAUUCUGUGACUCUAGAGAACCCUGACCAAGUCUUUAUACCACUGUUUGUCUGGACACUGCUGUAUUCCGCUCACAUAUGUAACAGUUUGGGUAGUAAAACAAAGCCAGGAACAGUUCUCCUAUGACAAAGCUCCCGUGUCUUCUGUGAUCUGUUCUUAUUGUUACUUUGAGAUAGAUGGGCAUUCCUCCUCUGGGCUGGCCUGUUGUUCUCUCUCUGGGAUCCAGUUAAGCUCAAUGUCUGACAAAUGGUUGCUCCUGAAAGGACUAGAUUGAUCCUAAUUUUCUUCUCUCUUCUUUCAUGGUCAUCUUUUUGCUUUGUUUUUUGAGAAUGAGAAUUUUGUAAGCUUUUCUUAAGUUUCAAACUGCUUUUCUUAGUUCUGAACUCCUCUGUUCAUACUUAUAUUUUCUUCUCUUUAAGCUUUGCAUUUGUUUGUAUGUGUGUGUAGCCUAACAGCAUCUAA